AUGGUCACACAGACUAGGGACGGCCACACAGAUCAGUCCGUGUUACUGGGUCAGACCAGUGACGGUCACACAGAUCAGUCUGUGUUACUGGGUCAGACCAGUGACGGUCACACAGAUCAGUCUGUGUUACUGGAUCAGACCAGUGACGGUCACACAGAUCAGUCUGUGUUACUGGAUCAGACCAGUGACGGUCACACAGAUCAGUCUGUGUUACUGGAUCAGACCAGUGACGGUCACACAGAUCAGUCUGUGUUACUGGAUCAGACCAGUGACGGUCACACAGAUCAGUCUGUGUUACUGGAUCAGACCAGUGACGGCCACACAGAUCAGUCCGUGUUACUGGGUCAGACCAGUGACGGUCACACAGAUCAGUCUGUGUUACUGGGUCAGACCAGUGACGGUCACACAGAUCAGUCUGUGUUACUGGAUCUGACCAGUGACGGCCACACAGAUCAGACUGUGUUACUGGGCCAGAGCAGGGACGGCCACACAGAUCAGUCCGUGUUACUAGGUCAGACCAGUGACGGCCACACAGAUCAGUCUGUGUUACUAGGCCAGAGCAGGGACGGCCACACAGAUCAGUCCGUGUUACUAGGUCAGACCAGUGAUGGUCACACAGACCAGUGA